UUUAAAAGAGGAAAUCCAAAAUGUGGAACGACAGUAACAAGUACGAUAGAGGAGUCAACACCUUCUCUCCUGAAGGCCGUAUCUUCCAGAUCGAAUAUGCCUUCGAAGCUGUGAAGAUGGCUGCUACUGCAAUUGGUAUCAAAACUGAAGAAGGAGUUAUUCUGGCCGUAGAGAAAAAGUUGCCAUCUAGACUCAUGGAUCCUACCUCUGUCGAGAAAAUUAUGGAAAUUGAUUACCAUGUUGGGUGUGCUUCCAGUGGAAUUGCCGGGGAUGCCAAGACCUUAGCUGAUCAUGCAAGAGUUGAGACCCAACAACACAAAUUUUCAUUUAAUGAACCUUUGAAGGUUGAAGCUGUGACUCAAUCAAUUGCAGAUCUUGCAACUCAUUUUGGCGAAGGAUCAGAGGGAAUGAAAGAAAAGCCAAUGUCUAGACCCUAUGGAGUAAGUCUACUCGUUGCAGGAGUUGAUGAGGACGGACCUCAACUCUAUGUCACUGAUCCAGCUGGAACUUAUCUCAAAUAUAAGGCAUGAGCUAUUGGAUCAGCUGCCGAAGGAGCCCAAGCUUAUAUCAAAGAGAGCUUUAAGGAUGAUAUGACUCUCAAAGAAGCUGAAAAGUUAUCCCUUCAAGUUCUUAAGAACGUUAUGGAAGAGAAGAUUGAUCAGCAUAAUGUAGAAGUUGCCUCAGUCGAGCAGACAACAGGCAAGUUUAGAAUCUAUACAACAGCAGAGGUUAAUGAUAUUAUUGCUACUCUUUCGUAGAUAAUUCGACUAUUUGAAGCCAACAUGCAUUCAAG